AUGUCCGGUUCAGGCGAUAAGAUCAAUGUUUUCCCGUCGCGCAUGGCGCAGACGCAGAUGAAGCUCCGCCUCAAGGGUGCCAAAAAGGGCCAUAGCCUGCUCAAGAAGAAGGCCGAUGCCCUUACUCUGCGUUUCCGCGCCGUCCUCCGCCAGAUCGUCAAGAACAAGACUUUGAUGGGUGAGGUGAUGCGCAAGGGCGCCUUUUCUCUGGCCUCGGCUCAGUUCCACGCCGGCAACUUUGGAUCGACGGUGCUUCAGAAUGUGAACAAGGCUACCAUGCGCGUGCGGGCGCAGAAGGACAACGUGGCUGGUGUUCAACUGCCCGUCUUUGAGCACUACACGGAUGGCACCGUCAGUAACGAUCUUACUGGUCUGGCUCGCGGUGGUCAGGUCAUUCAGAACUGCAAGGCCUCAUGGCAGGAGGCUGUCAAGCUGCUGGUCGAACUCGCUUCGCUUCAGACAUCCUUCGUCACCCUGGAUGAGGUGAUCAAGAUGACCAACCGUCGUGUCAAUGCCAUCGAGCACGUUAUCAUCCCCCAAAUUGAGCGAACACUCAGCUACAUUGCCUCGGAACUGGACGAGCGCGAGCGCGAGGAGUUUUAUCGUCUUAAGAAAAUUCAGGAGAAGAAGGCCCAAAUUAAGGAGCGCAAGGAAGCUGCUGCCGCACUUGCCGCCGCCCAGGGUUUGUGUCCUUUUCCGGCUGUUCUCGCAAACGAGGAUCAGGAUGAAGACAUUCUGUUUUAA